CUGUCAUAAGCUACUUAAAACAGCACUGGCCUCAAUAUGAGAAAAUUCUGGUGAAAGAAGAUUUUCAGCGAGGAAAGUGUGUUGAAAUACCACUGCAAGGUUUCCAUCUUUGAGUGUACGCUGGACUCAUUGUUUGGAAGUGUUAAGACUGGAAAGAUUUGAAGCGUGGUUUCACUAUAGCUUGCCCCUCCGUGAUAUCAAAACAUUAUACAUUCAUCAUCAAAUGGCGGCAACGUUGAAACGAAAACUUUAUAUUGAGAUCGGCAUCUUUAUCCAGCUAUGUAGUUUUUACUUCUCUGCAGUCAUUUUUCCAAUUUGCUGGGGAUGUUCUGGUGAAGAAUGCCGAUCUAUUGUUUUCAAAGAACCGAUACAAGAGAAAGUCAUGAAGGGCCACUUGAUCAGGCUUGUAGAGGUGCCCAAUCAAGGCAGCUGUAAUGUGCUGUGUUAUAUGGAGCCCAAUUGUGUAUCCAUAAAUUUUGGGCCUUCACAAGGAGGAAACUACAUUUGUGAGUUGAACAAUGUUUCGAACGAAAGUCCAGGUUCGUCUGACCUUCAGCGUAAACAAGAUUACACCCAUCUCAGUAUCGAGAAUCCCUGCAGCAGCAGUCCCUGUUUCAACAAUGGCACAUGUCAAGCUGGAUACACUGAUAAAGGA